AUGCCGAGGCGUCAGGACGGCACGCCUCCUCCGUGCAAAAUGUUUCCACACCAUCCACUAUGUAAAGAUGAAGGCUAUCAAAAGUUUUUGACUUUGGUAGUAAUCAGUAAAGCAGAAGUCGAUGCUUUUACUCAGCAGCCUUUAAAUACAAUGAGUGAAGGAGAUGCCAUUUCCCUCAGCAAUGCUUCUCUGCAGGUGACCCAUCGAGAUUCUCUUAAUGUUGAAAGCAGCAAUACAGCUUCAGAGAUCUCUCAGGAUGAAAUACAGAAUGCAAGGCAGAAAGGGGAUUCUGGCGGCAGACUCUACAAAGGAGAUCAUCUUUUUGAGCCAGGGUUGGAAAAUUUGAUAUACAAUUUUGAAGACUCUUCACAGAAAGUUUUGACACCAUUAGGUGAUACAAGAACAUGCCUUAGCAACAAGGACUCUCUGUAUGUAGCAGACUGGAAGGAAUCCUCAGAUAAUGAAAGAAUAUUCUUCCCUAGGAAGAAAUUAUUAUCCAAAGGAGAAUCAACAGAACGCAGCAAAAUGCUGGACUGGUCAAAGGAAAGCUCCAUUACUGGAAAAGACUUGAUGAAAAAAGCAUCAUGGGAAACUGAGAAUGAGGAAGUUUCACUGGCAAAAGAAUUGUUACCUUUGGAAGAUGAUCCAUUUGUGAUAAUGGGGGAGUCAUUGCUGGCAUGCAUUGUUAAGGAAUCCCCCAUAAAAGAAGUGUCCUAUUUUCUCAGUCAACCCACAGGCUCUUUAAUUAAGAAAAAUCCGUGUUUUGUUACUGAAGAAUUAUUUUUCAGAGAGGACAACUUUAACUUGACUGGCAAAGCAGCCAGUCAUGAAGGAAAUAUGACAGCCACUGAACAACUUGUUGACUGUGCAGAGAACUUGAAGGAUAUUUCUCCAGUCUCUUUGGAUGAAAACAUAGAAUGUAUUCAAGUUCUGAUGAAAUCAAAUAGACUCAUGAAAGAAAAUAUCAAGAGCAACUUAUUACAUUGUUGCAACAAAGAGGAAAGUGUUGGUGGCAGCCUUCUAUCUGAGUCUGAAACAUGUAUAUCUGACAAGUCUUUAUUCCAUCCUUCUGAGAAGUCACUCGAUGGUCAAGAAGAAUGCAAGCAAGGGGACACAGGUAGUAAAGGAAUUCUCCCAUCUCAUAGUACAAGAAGCUACUGCCUGAGUCCCUAUGAAGCAUCCUUCAAUGUGUAUGAGACAAAAAAUUCAGAGCUUGGCCCAGAGAAAUGGCAAUUUCAGGAGUGGGAUGUGGACUUGAAUGAGGUCAUCAAGGGAUUAGAACAGGACCAGCAAAUGCAGCAAACCCAAAUCAUGGAUCUUCAGUAUGAUAAUAAUUUUUUGGAGAAGAACAUUAAAGAAAUAGAGAAGCUGCUGCUUGAAGACGGGUGUGUAGAUUUAGGUGAGGUCAUGAAGAAGGUAGAACAGGACCAAAAGAAACAGCAGACCCAAAUCAUGGAUCUUUACUAUGAUAACAUUUCUUUGGAGACCAAGAUUAAACAGCUAGAGGUGGAAAUUGUCCAGCAGCUGCAUUUUAUAGACAUCAUAAACAAGCUGAAGAAGAACAUCGAAGAUCUAAUUGAAGCAAAGGACAAGAUCUCUGUGGAGAAGUCUGAGACUGACAGCUGCUUGAAGAAUGUGCAGGAGGCUUUAUCCAGUGCCAGGGACCAUCUGGAGGAAGCUGGGGCUGAAAGAAAUGCCCUUCUGCUGCAGCUGGAAAAACUUAAAACCAAUUAUAGUCUCCUUCAGGAAAAGCAUGAAGCAGAGAUGGAGCAGAAGAUCAAGUCUACGACUCAGUGCUUACAGAUGGAUCAGACUAUACGCAGAAAAGAGCAAGAAAUACAAGAGCUGCAGCAUCUUAAACAAAAAUUGGAGCAUGAAGUCAAGACUGCGACUUCCGCCUUGCACAGACUAAGGGAAGAAAAGGAGAAUGCAGAGAAACAGCUUCUGUCCCUUCAGGCAGAACUUCAGAGACAGAAAGAUGACAGGCUGGCAGAAAGGCAGCAGUUGGAGUCCAGAUAUAACAACCUGGUUGCUCAGAUUAAAAUCUUGCAAACAGAAUCUGAAAAUGAGCGGGCUGAGACAGAGAAAAUGCAACAGCGGAUCAGUGCAUUCAGAAUAGAGAAUCAAGAGCUUCAGCAACAGAUAGUGAAAGACAGAGAGCAAAAUCAUUUUCUCCAGCUUGAAACUGCCAGGUGGAAAGAGCAGUAUGACAAAAUCAGGGAGUCACAAAUAGUGAAGGAGCAGAUGCAGUAUCAAAUGAUCCAAACAGUCAGACAUAAAAUUGAAAUACAGAAGGAAGAACUAAGGAAGAAAGAAGAAGAAAUAGAGUGGAAGAUGCACAUUCUGGGGAGGUUUCUUCUGGAUAUGAAGUCGAUGCAUUCUGAUUUAAUCCAGAAAAACCUCCACAGCGAAGAAGACCGUUUCAGUUCGCCAUAUGUGCAGCGAGCAUCCCAGCUUCUAUCUAAAAUUCGCAGCCUUCUGUCCCUCACAGAGGGACUACUUACUUGCCAGGACAUGGAUUCUACUAUUGAAUAUUCCAAGAGGAGUGAAAUGAUUACUGAAUUGGGAGAAAAAAUGAAGAACUUCACCCUUAAAAAGAAAACCUUGGAGAAAGAGGAUGCAGGUGCUGGUCAAGAGGAAACUGGGAGUGCCACAGAACUGCUUGAUUUGCUGAAAACAAAAAUGGGUGAAUACCAUAAGCAAAGUGAUGACCUCCAUUGCCAGAUUACAAAACUGGAAAACCAUCUGGCGCUAAAGGAAAAAGAAUGCAAGAGGCUCACAGGAGAAAAUGAGAAGCUUCAAGGAGAUUUGGGUAGCUUGACAUGCAAGUUUAGAGAAAAGAAACAAGCAUCUGGAAGACUUAGUAAAGAAGUUCAAAAUGAAAGCAAGAAAGCUGAGACAAAGAUGUUGGUCUGCUUUUCCAAAAGCCAUGACUGAGGGUCAAAAUGUUAAAAAAUCAAAUGGAAACAAUGUAGA